AUGAUCUUUGGUUCUUCUUUAUUCCAAUCGAAACACUGUGAUAUUGAGGAGGAGAAGGAAGACCUCGGUCCUUUCUCAUCCUAUGAUGACAGAUGCAACGACGAUCUAAAAAGUCACCUUCGGUCCCUUUUGGACCGAUACGAUGGCUCCACCAAACACAAAGAGGUAAUUGAUGCGAUUGAGAGACUCUCCACACUAUCCCCUUACACAGAGCAUAGUCCUGUUUGGCUGGAUCUCUUCAUGGGAGAGUUCUUUGCUCAAACGUCACCAAACUUCCCUGGUAGACUUCCUCCAGCUCACGAAGGUGAUACACGAGUCCAGUAUACUCUCGGUAAGCUUUCAUUCAACACAUUCCAUCCCAGUGACCUCGUUUGUACGCUUCUAGGUGUACGCAAUGUCAUAGCACCUAAGCUUGAUGGCACCUUCACAUACGAUUUGAUUUGCGACAUCAUCAUCCAUCAUGCGGAUGGAGAUAUUGAAGCUCAGAUCUGCAAUGAGUCGUAUUGCUGUAAGGACGACGACGAGUCUAAUAGGAUUCAUGUGUUCUUCACCGGAUCAAAGCUAUCUCCGGCGCCUGCUGUAUUCGAAAAUGAAUUUAAGAUGUCCCAGUGGUCGAAUACUUUUAAUGAAGCGACACUGAAAACAGCAGCAGCCGAGAGGACAUAUUUUGGCUGGUUUCUGCAUCAGCUUCUGAAGCGCAUGUUGGGUAUGAACGUGCGUGUGGGUGAGUCGAAUAGCUUCCACUUGACGUUUAAGAAGCCAUUUCAGGGACACAUUGAUGUGUUGUAUCUAGAUGAAGAAAUGCGCAUCACGAAAGGAAAUCGAGGGACCCUGGUUGUUGUAGAAAGAUUACAACUGUAG